UAUAAAGGUGAAUACAACUUGAAAAGUAAUACAACUUGAAAAGUGAGUUCUUGAACAGUAUUUCAACGCAGGGAUAGUAGCAUGACUGUUUCAGUUUAAAAAGUAGGAUCGUCAAGUGAAUCUUUCAACUUAUAAAGUGAGCUGUCAAACUACAGUGAAUCUUUCAACUUAUAAAGGGACCCUUCAAACUACAGUGAAUCUUUCAACUUAUAAUAAAGGGACCCUUCAAACUACAGUGAAUCUUUCAACUUAUAAAGUAAACUUCAGACCUUUGAAAAGGGGAUCACCGGAUGAAACUAGAUCCUUCGACGUAGGGAAGUGAAUAGGGAAAUUCUUUUUAAGUGAUUCAUUCACUUCCUGCCUCAUCUAAAGGACUCGUCACCAUGUCUGCCUCACCACUUAUAAGGGAAUCCCCGUCGAUGAGUGAAUUAUGGGAACUGAACACCAUGGAGAGGAGGUAUUCCGUCCCCCCCUCGACCAUAUCUGAGCCUAGGCCCCCCAUCAGUAGACCUAGUCCAGGCUCCGCCCUGCUCACAGCCAGCGAGGACCUGCACGCGUGGUCCAUCUACAGGCAGAACCUCAACUCAGACUUCACGGAUUCUGCCCUGGGUUCACAGGAGAAGGCUCCUCCCCCUUUCGGCAACUUCCAACUCCGCGAGUCGACUGUGCAUUCGAUACUCAAUAAUCCCAGGUACGGUCCCAAAAGCGAGCUGGGCUCGAACAUGUUCACGUACCUGAAAUUCGGUCUCCCUCGAGUCUUCCCGCCCUCGGCUCGAGGAAGAGAAGGCAGCAGUGGUUACGACUCGAGCGACGAUGGUGGGGGAGGAGGGAGAGUUGUUGGAGGAGGCGGAGGUGGUGUAGUUGGAGGAGGAGUAGGGGGAGGCGUGUCCCCCUUAGGGAGAGGUGAUCGCUACACCAGGAGCAAGAGCAAUCCCGAUUUGUUGGCUGCCAGAGAUUGGAAUCCACCCCCUUCUGCUCGAGAUACCAGGACUAAAAGUUCCAGCGAAGCCAACCUCUUGUCCUCCGACGGAUUCUACAGAGACAGACGAAGCGCUCGACCUCUUAGCAAAAUGGGAGGAUCGCAGAUGUCCCUCGUGUCGAGACAGAGUCGAAGGUCCAGGCAGCACGGAGCCAUAUUUAAUCAGCCUCCGGAAUCCACCGGCUACAGAGAACCGCCCAUGCUGAACGAGAAGCUCUUCCCGCGCGACAACCCAUGGCCCGACGAAAUGGGCGUGGGCGGCGGCGGGGGCGGCGGCGGGAUGGCCUUCAAGGGCCCCCACCUGCAGGUUCGCGGGCUGGUGUACGAGACGCGUUGGUCAAGCGGUCGGACCCACCUGCUGGAUGGCAUCUCCGUCGAAGCAAGAGGAGGAGAAGUUCUGGGCUGGCUAUCAUGGCCAACCAAUGAGAACGAGGGCUCCUGUCUUCUCGACGUCUUGGCUGACAGACACUCCAAAUGGGGAGGCCGACUCAGAGGGGACUUCAUUCUGAAUGGAAAUAAUAUCAAGCCUUCUAAGGUGGCGUCGCGAGCGGCCUACGUCCAGCAGGAUGUGAACUUCUGUCAGGACAUGAGCGUCCGUCAGACCCUUCUGCUCCACUCGUUCUUCAGGAGCUCAGGUCACGUGGGCCGGGUCAGGGAGGUCAAGGCCAGGAUCAACGGCCUGAUCAACGACCUGGGCUUGGAGCAGGUCAGGCACACCCGGGUCAAGGACCUGACCCUGAGCGAGAGGCGGCGGCUGAACGUGGCCUGCGGCCUCCUGCUGGAGACCGACCUGGUCCUCCUGGAUCAGCCCACCAGGGGCAUGGACAUCUUCGACACCUUCUUCCUGGUGGAGUACCUCAGGCAGUGGGCAGGGAGGGGCAGGAUCGUGAUCCUGACCAUCCAGCCUCCCACCUACGAGAUCUUCACUAUGAUCUCGCGGGUGGCCCUCAUCUCCACCGGGCGCCUCAUGUACUUUGGCAAGAGGCGUGAGAUGCUGCCCUACUUCGCCUUCAUUGAAUACCCGUGCCCGGCUUACAAGAACCCCUCGGAUUAUUACCUGGACCUGGUGACUUUGGAUGACCUGAGCGCAGAGGCCAUGUUGGAGUCCUCCCAGAGGGUGGAGAUGCUUGCGGAGACCUUCAGGAGGAGGCAGGAGGCCCUCAGUGACCCAGGGUCCCCAGGGCCUCUCCCAGAGGAGGUCAGGAAGGAGAACCUCUGCAUGCAGCUCAUGGGGCUGUGGAUCCGAGCCAUGAUCUUCCAGUUCCCCUACAACAUGGUCCACUGGCUCCUGAUGGCCCUAGUGGCCGGCGUCACGUCCCUGGCCAUCGGCUGCGUCUUCUGGGAUGUCCGGACCAUAUCCUCCUCCUCAGGCUCCCCCACCCCCACGGAACCGACCCCCUCCCAACAGCAGCAGGAAGGGGUCAACAAUAGGGCAGGCUUCCACUAUGCCAUGGCUGGCCUAGGGCCAUGGCCGGUCCUCCUCAUGGCCAUUUCGGAGGUCUGGAGGGACCGGCCUGCUGUGGCCCGGGAUGUGGAGGACGGGCUGUAUUCCCGUGGCGUUUAUAUCGUGACGAAGGUGAACAUGCUAAACAGCUUCAUAGCUGCCGGGGGCGCCUUCCUUGCCUACGUCCUACCGGCCUACACCAUGGCAGGACUUCCGGCGGCUCCCACGGACACCGAAGCCUCUUACGCCCCCGUUGGCCUCACCCUCCUGUACCUCUACGCCGUGAGGGCAGUGGCCGUUGCUACGGCCUGCCUCUUCGAGGCCCGGCACACAGCCGCGAUGGCCACUGGACUCAUCCUGACGGUGGCCACCGUAGGGGCUGGGUUCACCGUGCAUCCGCUGGACAUGUCCCUCUGGACGUGGCCCACGCUCUGGUGGUCACCCACCCGCUGGCUGUUCCAUGAAGCCAGCCGCUACGAAUUCAACUCGACGACCAGUGAGUUCCAGUGUGAGCGAAACCCCGUCCUGCAGGAUACCUUCUCAGUCAUCCAGAGGAGGGCACCCUGCGGCAUUGUGACAGGAACCCAGGCCCUCAGGUACUUUGGACUGCCCGAGGCCGGAUUAUCGCAGCCACACCACCCAGCGCUAAUAAUCUUGGGGGCAUACCUCCUGGGGCAGACGGUCACCAUCCUGGCCUUCGUCCUCUGUCGCAAGCACAACAGGACCAAGAAGUACAGGACGGAGUGAGUGAGAGCGGGAGAGUGAAGAGGAAGGAGGAAAUUUGCCCGAGGGCGUGAGAGAGAGAGAGCGGGCGAGUGAAUGAGAGAGUGAGAGAUUUGUGUCCUGAUCAGUAACUUUUUUUUUGCCCUGUAAAUAUUUGGAUAUUUUGCCCGUCUCUGUCGACUCGUCCUGCGAGGGAACGAGAGAUUUAGUGACUUGGUGGAGAUUUGCGGAAGUGAAAGACACAUUUGCUCAUCACAUAGACUGUACAGUAUUAAUUUAUUUCACGGCUUUUUUUAUAUAUUUAUUUUAGCCUGAUUUUAAAAAAUUUUUAGUGUUUCAUGUUGAAUUUUUUUAUUUUAUACAAUAUUUUGUGUAAAAUGUGCUUUGUAUUUUAUGCAAUAUUUUGUGUUGAUUUUUUCUUGUAUUUUAUAUAAUUUAUUGUAAAAUAGCUUUUGUAUUUUAUAUUUUAUGUAAAAUAACUUUUGCAGUUUACAUACAUUAUUUAAAAUGUGUUCUGUGUUUUGUGUAAUUUAUUGCAAAAUAACUUUUUGUUGUUUUAUAUACUUUAUGUAAAAUACCUUUUGUAUUUUAUAUGUUUUAUACAAAAUGUCAAUUUUGUAUCUUACCAAUGACUCAUCACGGGCUAAAAUUAGCUCAGUAAUAUACUUUAAUUUUUUUUUCAAUAUUUUUGUACAUAAAAUAUCCUCUUUUGUACUGAUUACACUGUUGUAGGAUUUUUGUCAUUAUAUUCAUAAAAGACACAACCAAUGAAAUACAUCCUUCAUACAUUUUCAUAAUGUAUGAUGUAUUCCCGAGGACUCAUUCUGUAAUAAAUUAUGGACGAUGUAUUUCUCUGCUGUAUUUUGGAUUUAUUUAGAUUUAUUCUCACUCAAAAAGCGUUUUCAAUAUUUCUUUUCUGAUUUAGGAAGUUUAUGUUAGUACAUAUUGUAAAUAAAUUCAUU